AUGGCAAAGAAAGAGACAGAUGAUGAGGAAUUCCAUGCAAAGAAAGCGGAGAAUGACGCUAUCACGGCCAAGGUGAAGCACGAGGAAGCUGAGAGACAGGCGGAGUUAGACCGUUCAGCCCCAUUGUCCGAGACUCCAAACGUAUCCCUUCCCCCCGAAAUACCAACAUAUCCCGAUGAUGAUCUCGUCAUUAGGACAUCUUCGAUUCCGGAAACAAAUGAAGACUGCAAAUUUCUCGACGCCCCCAGCUCCUUGGAUGAGGAAAUUGAAGAUAGUGGCGAUGAUGGCGUCGAACCCGACUUCAAAGUGGAAGACGAAGACGACUUGAACCCGUUCGGAGGUUUAGACGAAGAGAUUAGCAAGCUUAUCAAGCCUGGGUCCCCGUCAUCCGAAGUCUCGUUUAGACUAUCUUCGUCAACACGGCCCUCCCCGGUUCCCCUAAAUACUGGGGAGCUGGAACCGGAGUUCAAAUGGGCUUCACACAUGCAACUCAUCACCUUUCGCGCCACAGCCGGCAAGAUCGCAGAAGAGUACCUCAAAGGCAAAAGUGUGAAGCUUCACCACCAGUCAGUUCGAAGCAGAGAGAUACGGAAUUGGCACGCAUACAAUCAGGGAGUCAAGGACAGCAAGAAUAUUGAUGUGCGUAGGAAGAGGAUAGAGGAAUCAGCUGUGUAA